AUGGGGCUUACACUGUCUAGUUUUGAGAAUACUUUUGUUGGUGAGCCUUGUUCAAACAAUAGUUGUCGUGUGGCAUAUCACCCCCUUUGUGCACGUGCUGCUGGCUUUUGUGCUGAGCUUGAGGAUGAGGACAGACUGCAUCUGAUUCCUGUAGAUGAGGAUGAGGAGAACCAAUGCAUUCGUUUGCUUUCCUUUUGCAAGAAGCAUAGGACACCAUCCAGUGAGCGUUUGUCUGCUAAUGAAAGGAUCACUCGAACUGCAUGUCGGUUCUCAGACUACACUCCCCCUAAUCCAUCUGGCUGUGCUCGCAGUGAGCCUUAUAAUUAUUUUGGGAGAAGGGGAAGGAAAGAACCUGAAGCACUGGCUGCUGCAUCUUUGAAGCGUUUAUUUGUAGAGAAUAGGCCAUACUUGGUUGGUGGCUACUGCAGACACGAGCUCUUCGGCAGCACUCUUUCUUCAAAUACACUAGUUGGUUCUAAAAUUGCUUUUAGCUUUCAAAAGCUGAGAACCUAUCCACUUGAUGCUUCUAAGAGCAUCCUUUCUAUGAAUGAGAAAUACAAAUUUAUGAGGGAAACAUUUAGAAAGAGAUUGGCAUUUGCCUCCACCGUUAGUGAUCUCACUUUCACAUUUGAUGGGGUCAUUGCUAUCAAACCCUUGCGAACUCUAAUGUCAAAAACUGAUGAGCCUUAUAAUUAUUUUGGGAGAAGGGGAAGGAAAGAACCUGAAGCACUGGCUGCUGCAUCUUUGAAGCGUUUAUUUGUAGAGAAUAGGCCAUACUUGGUUGGUGGCUACUGCAGACACGAGCUCUUCGGCAGCACUCUUUCUUCAAAUACACUAGUUGGUUCUAAAAUUGCUUUUAGCUUUCAAAAGCUGAGAACCUAUCCACUUGAUGCUUCUAAGAGCAUCCUUUCUAUGAAUGAGAAAUACAAAUUUAUGAGGGAAACAUUUAGAAAGAGAUUGGCAUUUGCCUCCACCGUUAGUGAUCUCACUUUCACAUUUGAUGGGGUCAUUGCUAUCAAACCCUUGCGAACUCUAAUGUCAAAAACUGAUGAGCCUUAUAAUUAUUUUGGGAGAAGGGGAAGGAAAGAACCUGAAGCACUGGCUGCUGCAUCUUUGAAGCGUUUAUUUGUAGAGAAUAGGCCAUACUUGGUUGGUGGCUACUGCAGACACGAGCUCUUCGGCAGCACUCUUUCUUCAAAUACACUAGUUGGUUCUAAAAUUGCUUUUAGCUUUCAAAAGCUGAGAACCUAUCCACUUGAUGCUUCUAAGAGCAUCCUUUCUAUGAAUGAGAAAUACAAAUUUAUGAGGGAAACAUUUAGAAAGAGAUUGGCAUUUGCCUCCACCGUUAGUGAUCUCACUUUCACAUUUGAUGGGGUCAUUGCUAUCAAACCCUUGCGAACUCUAAUGUCAAAAACUGAUGGGAAAUCCGGAAUACAUGGAUUUGGCAUCUUUACAAAACAUCCGCAUAGAGCAGGAGACAUGGUUAUUGAAUAUACCGGCGAACUUGUUAGGCCGUCAAUUGCUGACAGAAGAGAACACUUGAUAUACAAUUCCUUAGUGGAUAGUGAGAAGAGGGAGAAUCCAGAUCAUCAGAAGUCGGUGGAGACAGACGAAAAAGGUGGAGGCAUUUGGCCCAAGUUCUUUUUGUGGCCACCUCAUCCACAGCUCUACCCCAUUAUCAGCACCUAUGUCAAAACUGCUGUUCUCAGUUUCACCCCCAACUUCACUUUUAGUGCUACUGCCAUUUCACAGCCUCCACCGUUAGAUAGUGAGAAGAGGGAGAAUCCAGAUCAUCAGAAGUCGGUGGAGACAGACGAAAAAGGUGGAGGCAUUGUACUUAUAGAUGAGUUAGUCUUGGUUCUGCGAGAAUAA